AUGGUGCGAACACGCCGACGAGACGAAGGAGGGACCGGCGUGAUACUUGUGAUGCUGUUGGUGCUGAUAGCUCAACUACCAAGCGUCUUAGGGCAACCUGGUCAUCUAGGGUGCUAUGUGGACAAAAAUGACGAUCGUGCACUACAGGGAGAUCAGUGGACGGAUGUGAGUGCCCAAUCUUGGGAGUGGUGCAUUGCUAACUGUUCACGCACGCUGUAUCGUUUCAUUGGACUGGAGUCUGGUAACGAGUGCUACUGUGGAAAUGAUGUCUAUUCGAGGCAUGGAAAUGGCUAUGGCUGCAAUAUGACGUGUGAAGGAAACGCCGGUCAGACCUGUGGUGGAUUAAACCAAAUUGAAGUAUACAGAGUAUCUAGUGGCGUGUGCUCCAAUCCUUAUAAACAACCAAGUCAUGGAUCAUACCACGUAGAAUACCGUCCUUACAAUUAUGACCUGGGCGACAGUGAGUAUGUGGGUGCUCGGUUACGUUAUACCUGCCACAGAGGUUACUAUUUACCGUUCAACACUUCAACUGUCACAUGUGUUACAGGCGACCCGUCUUCAUGGGACCAUUACGUCACCAAAUGCCCAGCGUGUACAUCAAUAUCAAACUGUGCUGCUGGUCAGUUGCACUGCACCACUACCACUGACCAACAAUGUGACCAAUGUGAUGGAGACUAUGGGUCCGAUGGGGCAGAUUACUCAAGUGUCAAUAAUGGAAGCGAGUGCAGAAAGCAAUGUUCAUGGAGGAAAGACAGCAACGCCUGUUACCCAGGCUCCUGCACAGACGCCAACUGCACAUGCAGCAGUGGAUUCUUGGGACCAGACUGCAUGACCUUGGGUAGCGGUCAAGCACCAGUCCUAUCAGAGCAUCGCGCUACCCUCGAAGGGUCGACAACACUAGAAUCCCCCGUGGUAAAUGGUAGUACGGACGCCGUCUACACCAACGUACGAGACUUCGCACGCAUCAAGAUAUACUGGGAAAGCUCCUAUCAACCUGUUGGACUUCCAAACUCUUCCGCUGGUGGACAUCCGUACAUCCAUAACGUUAGCCUGGGUGUUGUGUGGGCAAGAGUUGAAGCUUAUGUUAAUCGAAGUACAACAUUGAUAUAUUCGAUAGCCGAACAGAACUGCUCAACAACCACAGAUGGAGUGUAUUUUAGUCCAGACAACCCUGCUGCAAUCGUAGUUGUCUGUGAGCACACAUUCAACGUGAACUUCAGUAGCUGGACCCCAGUCACAGGAGAUGUACUAAGAUAUGAUGUACACUCAACCAAUGGCGGGUAUCUGAAUCUCUACAACAGAGACUCUAACAAUACCAUCAUCACACGCUACUAUAAUGGACAGACAGUGUCUGGGUAUUCAACUUUCACCUUUGACUUUGUUAACCCCUACCACUGCUUGGAUGUCGGAAGUGGAUGUCGAAUCUCCAUGCUGAAUGCAGGGAACGAUGUCACCUCACAGACAACAAUGACGAUCACUUGGCAAGGCUGGGCCGAUGAUCUAGCUGGUAUUAAAGAGUACAAUCUAGAAGUGCGACAGCUAUCGGGAAACCAUGGCAACGAGAUGACAGAAAUCUUUGACAUCCCUGCCGUUUAUUCCGGAGUUACCAACUCCAGUCAGAAUGUCACUUUACCUCAUGUUGGUGUAUCCACACGUGUAUACUCCAUCGUCCUCACCACUGUCGACAACGCUGGUAACUUCAGACUCAGCAGACGUUUUGUAUUCUUCGACGACGAUCCUGAUGAUGUGACUAUGCAGAACAACGCAUCUGUGCGAUUACUUUCAGCGACUAAAGAAACCGACUACGAGUGGUUGAUUGACCUAGACUCCAACGGGGGGAUGACAUCAGUACUUCUUGAUUGGACAAACAGAUUCAUCAAUAUUCAUCACCUGAAUCAAGGAUUUUUGAAACCCAUCGGGUCUUAUGUCAAUGCAACUAUUGACGAUGAUUAUGACCAGAACUUUGGCCAACGUGGUCGUUCCGCGGUUCUCAAUGCCCUAGGAGUGACAGAGUUUCGUGUCUUGUCCGACAUCGACCACAGCGGUGGAAGGACCACUGUCAACGUGAGUGACGACAACUCGGACAACUGGAGUAAUGAAGCCACAAACACACAGGCGACCUACAACCUGACCUUAGCGGACGGUGAUUCCAUUCGGUUCUGGGUGGAGGCUAGAGACCUAGCCGGUCACUUUGUGAGGGACAGUGUGUUAGUUCACGCUGAUUCAUCCCCUCCGACUAUUCAAGAUUUCAAGCUCAUACCUGGUUUGUCGGGUAUAAGCGUGGAGUGUACGACUUUUGAUGAACACAGCGGUGCAAGCACUGUCAAAUGGCGACUCUUUCACGUCGAUAACGGCACCCAGAUAGAACACGUCAGUGAAACAACUCCAGUUGAACAUAUUGAUCCUGAGGGCUGCAACCCUGCAACCUGCCUUUGUGUCCCAAUUGGUGACUGCUACGCCAAAAACUACAACUCUUCGUUCGUCGUUGACGACCGUGCCUUUGAGUACUUCAUCACACUGACGGUCACCAACCACGCUGGACUUGUAACUUCCCAGACAUUUAAAACAAGUCCCAUGAAAACCGUGGACGAAGCUGCGGAAGAUCUUGUAUCGCAAUCCAACGAUACUUCCUCAAUUGACGCCGGCGCCUUUGAUCAAAUAGCAGACCAGCUUGAUGACAUUGUCAACUCUCAAGAUACGUCCCCGGAAGUCACGGCAAAUGUCAUCAUUGUCGUGAACAACCUCCUGCAAGUGGACACCCGAGAAUUCAACGAUUCGGAAAGCGCGGCCAACUCUUCGUCCCGAGUUGUCCGCGCCCUGGAGAGGCAGAUAUGGAACGUCCUGGCGGCGGGGAAAAACAUCAGCGCGGUCACAACCAGCGUGGCGGUCGUUGCGAGUCACUUCAACGCUGGUGCUCUACUCAACGGGGUAGUGUUCGCUGCUCUCUCUGGAGGCGGUGGAAGCGAGUCAUUGGCUGAUGAGGAUAUAGGUGUAUUCCACGGUUCUGAUGGGGACAUCCCCUUGGUCAAAGUAGAAGUAUCCAUCAAACUUCCCGAGGAAAUACUGAAACUAUUUCCCACAGGCAGUGCUGUACCCAUCAGCUUUGUCAUGUAUGAGAACAGUAAUCUCUUCCACUCCAAGCAAGUAGACAACGCUUCGUCAACGGAGUUCCCCACCGCCAUCGCCAGUCGUAUCAUCUCUGCCAGUGUACCAAAUGUCAGCAUCAGUGAUCUCCCAUAUGACAGUCCAGUUGUCAUUGCCUUUCAUUUAAAACCUGUACAGGUGUCGAGUCCAAUGAAGAACACCGAGCAGACGGAGACCUGCGUCUUCUGGGAUUUCAAUCUUCGUCACGGAAUCGGUGAUUGGUCACCUGAAGGUUGCAGGACAGACCAACUGACCAAUGGGAGAAUAGUUUGCCUGUGUGACCACGCGACCAAUUUUGCCGUACUUGUGAAUAUCCAUGGCAAAAAGUUCACCAGUUUGGCUUUGGAUAUUAUCAGCAAAGCUGGAUGUAUUGUGUCCAUCGUGGCUCUAGUCAUCACCAUUGUCAUAUACUCAUCAUUAAGGUCGUUGAGAUCGAAGACUCCCAGCCGCAUCCUCAUUAGCUUCUCACUGUCUCUGCUGUGUCUCUACCUGGUCUUCGUGGCAGGCAUCGAGCAGACAUCGUCCCGCGUGGUGUGCAUCGUGGUAGCCGUCUUGAUGCACUACUUCACGCUGACGUCCAUGGCCUGGAUGGGCGUGGAGGCCGCGAGCAUGUACCUCAAGCUGGUUAGGGUUUUCAAUUCCGACGUGGAGCACUUCAUGAUCAAGGCGUCUGUCGUUGCUUGGGGUCUUCCAUCGCUCGUCAUUGAUGUGAUAUUGGCAGUAGAUUAUACAGUGUAUGACAAUGAAUACAGUUGCUUCUUGAAGCCUGGAGCUGCUUUCUUUUUCGGUCAGCUGCUUAUCAUAGGACUGGUCUUCCUUUUUAACGCCGUUAUCUUCGUGCUGAUCUCGCGCAAGUUCCUGUGCAGAGACAAGACACUCCAGAGCACCGCCAACACGAGCAAGAAGAAGCAAGGCACAGCCAUGAAGCGCCUGCAGAACAUUGCCGCCGUCUCGUUACUGCUUGGCAUGACUUGGGUCUUCGGUCUGCUGUCCAUCUUCGAGGCUUCCAGCUUCACCUUCCAGGUCAUCUUUGCCGUCUGCAACUCCCUCCAGGGCCUGUUCAUCUUCCUUCUGUUUGUCGUGCGCCAGGAGAAGAUCCGCGCGUCUGUGAUGGCCCGCCUGCGAGGACGAAACCGGGUCGAUGCCAACGCGACCACCGCUUCCUCAGUCAGCAAGUUCAUCAGCAACGCUGAAGAAGAUAAAGAGCCAGGUUCAAAUGAACUCACUGACGACAUCAUACUCUCAGAAAAAUACGAAAAGGAUAACGGUGCUCCCAACAGCGCCGAAACAGCCGAGACUACAUAUCUUUAAUCCAUUACCUUUCCAAAGCUUUAUGGUUUGAGGUUAAUGAUAUUCAGAAUUCAGUAGUAGUAGUGAAGCGGUACAGCAUUUAACAUGCUUUAAAGACUUUUUAAAAUUAAAACAAAAUGAAAACAUAGAGGUCAUUUUGUUCGGGGCAAAAGUGCUAGAUAAAAAGUUAACGCUGUUCCUUAAAGGGAUACAUGAUUUGCUGUGUGUUUCUUUAACGGUGCUUCAUUUGCUCUUUGUGCAUUUGUUUUCUUUUAGGAUGGCGCCACAAUUCAAAGUAGUGGCAUGAAUAUUCUAUACACAGAGUGCUAUAAUGUUGGAUCCUUCAUUCAAAUUUUUCCCGUUAUUAGGGGGCUUCAAGUUUAUGUAGUCUGGUUUACAUAUUGAACCAACGUUAAAGAGCAGUGAUCUUUCCUCCAAAUAAUCCCAACUUUUCCAUAAGUUAACGCAAGUCGUCUCCAGUUAGUUACAUGUAAUAUCCUAGUCAAAUCAAGAGUUUAUAGCUCAUCAUUCCCCAGCAUAGUAAAUAGAAGUUAUGACUUUUUGGUUUGAUUUUCGAAUCACGUUUCAGAAAUGUCAGUACAUAUAGAUCAUCAACAUGCAGUGUGUAGAUUUGGCUUGUACUGACCUGUACAUGCAGUUUGCGAAGCACAUCUGUCUAGAAUUUUGUUGGUGCUUUUAUAGUGUCACAACUUGGCCAAACAAUUUUGCAUUGGGAUUUAUGUGUUUACUGCAAGUUCUCUUAGGUGAAAAGUGUUUAUCUCUGUAUGAUAAUUUUUUCAAUCCGGUGCUGACUUCCCCAACUAAUUAGCACACUUACACAGACUUCCUGUAUUAUUUAAAUGCUCAUGAUCGUUUAUUUUGUAUUUUAUUUCCGCAAACCUUCCGUUGUGAAACCUUUCUUCCGAACUACUGAACCAUUAUCUUCCUUCCGUCAAUCGACCAACCUGCCAAACCUCAGAACUUCAGAUCAUUAAGCCCGGUUCAUACUCGGCGCGAAAGCGAAAGCGAACGCCAAUUGGCGUCAUGGCAAGUAUUCGCGCUGCGAAUUCGUAAAGUUGAGCGCAUUUCAACUCGGGCGAAUUUGGCAGCGAACGUUUCUUGACGUCAAAUUCGCUUCGCAUUCGCACUCUUUGUUCCAUAAACUUGCAACAGUCAUCAGUGUAUUCAACGGUACUACAACUCUGUACACCGGGUUUCUGCAUAACUCUGCAUAGUUAAUUCCCGUCACCAAUUUGACUUGCAUUAAUCCAGUCAGAAUCAACCAAGGAAGUGUGAUUGUACAAUUUUACUUUAAUACUCAUCAAUGCAGCUGUAGCUCAAGUUGGUUACACACACAUUUAGGGAAUGUC